CGAACAAAAGAAUGAAAACGAUACUAGUGUCAAACUUAAAAAACGUGAGAAUAAUGAUGAUUAUGAAAGCGAAAGCGAACAGAAGAAUGAAAAAGAUACUAAUGUCGACUUAAUAAUAAUAAG